AUGGGCGAGCGUUGUUGUGCGGCGCUGGUGCGGGUGCUGGUGCUGCAGGCGGCCUGGGCGCUGUCGGGCGGGCAGGUGCGCUACUCGGUGCCGGAGGAAGCCAAGGCCGGCACGGUGGUGGGCCGUCUGGCGCAGGACCUGGGCCUGGAGGCGGGCGAGGCGGAGGCGCGGCGGCUGCGGCUGGUGGCGCAGGGCCGGCGGGCGAGCGUGGAGGUGAGCGGGGCGAGCGGCGCGCUGCUGGUGAGCUCGCGGCUCGACCGGGAGGAGCUGUGCGGCAAGAGCGCGCCGUGCGCGCUGCGCCUGGAGGUGCUGCUGGAGCGGCCGCUGCGCGUCUUCCAUGUGCAGCUGGAGGUCACCGACAUCAACGACAAUGCCCCCGUCUUCCCCGCCGCCCGGAAAAACCUCAGCAUCGCGGAAUUUACCACUCUGCCGGGGUCUCGUUUCCCGCUGGAGGGCGCGUCGGAUGCGGAUAUCGGAGCGAACGCGCAGCUCUCCUACACUCUUAGCCCCAGCGAAUAUUUUACACUCGAUGUUAAAUCGUCGGAUGAAAACAGAAAGUCUCUGUUUCUGGUACUCUCAAAGUCUUUAGACCGUGAGACGAUUCCCGUGCACCGGUUGGUGCUGACGGCGACUGACGGGGGCCGGCCGUCUCUGACCGGGACAAUGGAGCUGGUGAUCUCGGUGGAGGAUGCCAACGACAACGCGCCCCAGUUCAACCAAUCCGUGUAUAAAGUGCAGAUACCAGAGAAUGCUACAGAGGGGACGCUCGUAGUACGUGUGAAUGCCACGGAUCCGGACGAAGGAAGCAAUAAGGAGUUUUCUUACAGCAUCUUGAGUUCGACACCGAUCGGUAACAAAGAACUCUUUACUAUUGACACCAAGACGGGCGAGAUCAGACUGAAGGGUUGUUUGGACUUUGAAGACGUUCGUUUACAUGAAUUGCAAAUCGAAGCGAGAGAUAAAGGGACGCCCGCGCUGUCGGGGCACUGCAGCGUGGAACUGAAGGUGCUGGACGUGAACGACAACGCUCCGGAGGUGUGGGUGACGUCGCUGUCGGUGCCAGUGGCGGAGGACGCGUCGGUGGGGACGGUGGUGGCCCUGCUGAGCGUGUCGGACCGGGACUCGGGGGAGAACGGUCGCGUGCGGUGCUGGGUGUGGCCGGCGUCGCCGUUCGGUCUGGAGGCGACGUUCUUGGGCUCGUACUCGCUGGUGCUGCGCGAGGCGCUGGACCGGGAGCGGGUGUCGGAGUACGAGGUGGAGGUGCGUGCGGAGGACGGCGGGGCGCCGGCGCUGCGCGCCAGGCGCGGGCUGCGGGUGCCGGUGUCGGACGUGAACGACAACGCGCCCUUGUUCGCGCAGGCCGUGUACACGGUGCUGGCGCGGGAGAACAACGCGGCGGGCGCGGAGCUGGCGCGGCUGUGGGCGCGGGACCCGGACGAGGCGGCCAACGGGCGCGUCAGCUACUCGGUGUGGGACGGCGGCCUGGGCGUGGGCGGGGCGGCGGGGUCGUCGUCGUCGUCGGGUGGCAUGGGGUGGCGUCCGGCGUCGAGCUACGUGUCGGUGGACGCGGAGAGCGGGCGCCUGUGGGCGCUGCAGCCCUUGGACUACGAGGAGCUGCAGGUGCUGCAGUUCGAGGUGCGCGCGGUGGACGCGGGGGAGCCAGCGCUGAGCGGCAACGCCACGGUGCAGCUGUUCGUGCUGGACGAGAACGACAACGCGCCGGCGCUGCUGCCGGCCGCGGGCUCGGCAGCGGAGGCGGCGGCGGCGGCGCUGGCGGGGGCGGGCUCGGAGUCGGGCACGCUGUGGGCGUGGGCGGCGUGGGGGGCGCCGGCGGGGCAGGUGGUGGCCAAGAUCCGUGCCGUGGACGCCGACUCGGGCUACAACGCGUGGCUGCGCUACGAGCUGUGGGAGCCGCGGGGCAAGGGCCCGUUCCGCGUGGGGCUCUACAGCGGCGAGGUGAGCACGGCGCGGGCGCUGGACGAGGCGGACGGGCCUCGCCAGAGGCUGCUGAUCGUCGUGCGCGACCACGGCGAGCCGGCGCGCUCGGCCACGGCCACGCUCAGCGUGUCACUGCUCGAGGCCGCCGAGGCGGCGCUGGCCGCGGGCUCCUCGGCGGCGUCGUCGUCGUCGUCGUCCGCGGUGUCGCGCUCGGCGGCGGGCGCGGAGCUGGGGCCCGGCGCGGCGAGCGCGGCCACCAACGUGUGGCUGGUGGUGGCCAUCUGCGCCGUGUCCAGCCUCUUCCUGCUGGCCGUGGUGCUGUACGGGGCGUCGCGCUGGGCGCCGCGGGCGGCCGUGCUCUCGGGGCCCGGGCCCACGACGCUCGUGUGCGCCAGCGAAGUGGGCAGCUGGUCCUACUCGCAGCGCCACAGCCGCAGCCUGUGCGUGGCGGACGGCGCUGCCAAGAGCGACCUCAUGGUUUUCAGCCCCAACUUCCCUCCGCCGCCGCCCGGCCCUGCAGCCAAGGACACGCAGCCGGAGCCCUCCGCUCUCCUCGACACGGCUUACAAGCAGGUCUUGUAUUCGAAAUAA